CUCUUCAUAUUGCUUUCUAGCCACGAUUUUAUUCCACUACCUGUAAAAGCUCUGCACUCAUCAUGUCCAAAACCAUGAAGGCGUGGCGAUUUGACACCCCUGGCCCUAUUGAGGAGACGUUGAGGCUUGUCGACGAUGUACCGCAGCCAAGUGCGCCCCUUCGAAAAGGACAAGUUCUUGUCGAAGUUGCGAGUGCAGGCCUUAAUCCCGCGGACUACAAAAUGCUGCAGUUGGGCCUCGUAUCCAAAGCCAUCACGACCAUCCCCGGAACGCCAGGCAUGGACCUCAGCGGCCGAGUUCUCUCGGUGGCAGAUGAUGUUACAGACACCAAAACUGGAGAUGUCGUGCUGGUUCGUCUGGACCCUACCAAGGGCCCUGGUGCGCUCUCCCAAUAUAUAAUCGCCGAUCGCGCCGACUAUGCAGUGUUGCCGCCAGAUUUUGAUCUAGACCUCGCUGCUGGCGCGCCGACAACCGCCCUGACAGCAUAUCAAUCCAUUAAGCCAUACGUCCAAACCGGCUCCAAAGUCUUCAUUAAUGGCGGAUCUGGAGGUGUGGGCACCAUCGGUAUCCAGAUUGCAAAAGCUCUUGGAUGCCAUGUCACUGUUUCUUGCUCUACAGGGAAGAAGGAGCUCUGUGAGCGAGUGGGAGCUGAUGCGAUUAUCGAUUACAAGGCCGGAGAUAUCGUGACGCAACUGAAAGAGAGCGGUACAAUCUUUGACCAUAUUGUCGAUAAUGUCGGCUCUUCUUUUCCAGACAUUUACAACCAGGCGAGCCAUUUCCUUAGGCCAGGAGGAGCUUUUGUACUGGUGAGUGGUCCGGCAUCCUUAAGCGGUGUCAAAAACGUCGUAACGGCACAAUUUCUUCCUUCGUUCUUGGGUGGUGGUAAACACCGAUUCGUCUUAUACAUGACAAAGAAUGACCGCGAUGAUCUGGCGCAAAUCGCAAAGUGGUUAGCAGAAGGUGUGAUCAAAACUGUCAUUGACUCAACAUUUGAGUUUAACGAGGCCGUGGAAGCCUUUACAUAUCUCAAAAAGGGCUCCAGCGGUGGAAAGGUGAUUGUUCAUGUCUCCAGCAAGGCGUAAAAAAUGGCACAGGGCUUUUCAAGGAUUCAUAAUUUCGCUACAUUUCAACGAACAACUUCAAUCACUCCUCACGAUAAUGUCGUCCAAACACUACCUUAUGAUGGCUAACUAGCAUCCUUGGUAUUGCUUCUGUAUCGAGGAUAUCCAUUAGGAUUUGGAAAGAAGCUCCUUGAUCUGCAGCAAUGCUUAGCGACAGUCUGUAUAAUCGCUGGACUAAUCUCGAGAGGAGGCAGCAGAGCUGGGAUGCUUUUUACGAAAAGCAGUAAAUAUAUGAGAUGUAUUUUGCUCGCUAUGUUAAUACUAUUCAAGAAAUAUUAUAUAAG